CGUCAACGCGCGAUCGAUACGUAACGUCCGGUCGAAAAUGGUGCAGUGAUUUUUUUUUCGGUUCUAUCAUUUCGUGCAAUAUUCUCCUAGAAAUAAAUCUCCAGUGUGCUACGAUUGAAAACAAAGAAAAGGAAAAAUAAAAUUCAAAAAUUCAAGCGUAGUCCCGCCUGAGAGAAUUGAAAGGAAGUGAAGUUGAGUGAUACAGAUUGUGGUGUGGAAAGCAGUGCAAACGCAGUGUGAUAAGUUGUGUUCUUUUCUCUAUGGAGAGAAAGGAGGAACGGGAGAAGGAAAAGGUGAAAGCACAUCGCAAACGUUCCGGGGAGCAUCCCCAGCAUUCGGUACGGCGCGACCUCCCGACGCCACCGCCGGAUCCCACGAUCGACAGACAUGCGCCGGGCACGGUGCCGCCGGGUGCGGAGGUAGUCCCGGACACUGCUGAGGACGUCUUCCGCACCGGCAGCUACCAGGAGACGGACCCAUUUAAGCGGCUGUUUACGUAUAAGGAGCGUGAGGCACAGUUCCUACGGUUGCUCUGCGAAGGUGGUGGUGACAGCGGAGGUCCGAGCGGUGGGAAUCGGAAGUCCACCACGGCAUCCACCAUAGGCCCUCUCCAGUCCGCCACGGUUGGUGAUCCAUCGUCAAAGGAUGCGGUGGGUGCAACGGGAGGUGGCAGCUCACGCACCGUUCCGGCCGAGCCGGGGUUUGAGUCGGCCAACGAGUUCCUGAUGCUGCUGAACCGUGCUGGACCAUCGGUGGCCGCGGCUCUCUCGACGAAGGACGCGAUCGAUCAGCUGGAUCGGUUGCAUGAGCUGAUCGAGCAAUUUCUGACGCUGCAGGAGCAGAACAUGCGAAUGCACUGGCAGCUGCGUAAUGUGGAAACACUGCGAAAGCUAAAGCUGAUGCAAAUAGCGAUUGCCAAAGAUCCCGAAGGGUUCGUGGCAAGUGCCAUUCCGGAAGACACGUCGGACAACGAUCUGCUGGACAACGAGAUCGAACAGAAUCUGGCACUGCUUGAAACGAUCCUCGCCGCUGGCAACACUGCCAGCAGUAAACGAAGCAGCUCGAAACGGGAACGUAGCAAGUCGGUGAUCAACGAUGAAAUCGGAAACUUCCAGCUGCUCCGGAAGGAGAGCAGCGGCCGCAACUACCCACUCCGUCGCCAGAGUGCCAUCUCCGACUUCAAGCCGAAGGUGUCCAAAUGGACAAAGGUGAAGGCGGCGUUCAAGUGGGAGAAGACCAGUGCGCUCCCAUCGAACGAGAUCAAGAGCUCGGAAGCGAUGAUGAUUCCCGUGAACAACGAAGUUGCCAGAUACCUUCGAGUGCCAUCGAUACCCUGCGUGGGGAGCUCGGGAGAUUCCGUGUUCAGCUCGUCCUCUGGGAUCGUCGUCAGCGGAGGGUCGGCACCGGGGACACCGGGCGAGAACAGUUUGGCCAGCUCGGCAGAAAACCUAACCGACAUGAACGAACCGGAUCCCAGCACCGGGGGCCGCGAGAGACAUGGCAAACGGGACUCGGUGAAGAGCACGGACCGGGGCAGCCAGGAGGAGGAUGCACGCCGUUCCCGGUCGCUCGAUGGUGAGGCAAUUCUCGAACCAAUCCGCCAGAUGGAUAAGAAUAAAAACAAAUCGGCCUGGAGCAAAGUGAAGGGCAUCGUGAAGAACCAUCGUGGCUCGUUGAAGUCGAACGAGUCGCGCCGAAAUGCGACCAAACCAUCGAACAGCGUGGGCUGCAGCCGGGAGGCAAGUCCCUGCGAGUCGAUGGACGCGUGCGAGAUGGCACAACAUCAACACCGGGAGCGCUCGGAUUCGUUCUCCUCCAGCCAAACAUCGCCCGGGCAUCGGUCGGCGGCGGUUACACCGACCUUUUUGCUUCUGCCGGCAUCGACGGGGGCCACCACCGCGGGGGAUAGCAGUGGUGGGGCGCAGAGUGGUCCCAACUCACCGUGCGGAUCGGUACCGACGACGCAGGGCACAUUUUCCAGCGGCGACGAUGCUGACUGGCGACCAUCUAGUGUGACCGAGUACCGAACGGUGCGAAGUGGCAGUGGUGAUAAGGGAGUCGCGGCCGGAGGAUUGUUGGUGGCAGCGCAAUCGAGUGUUGGAACAGCCACCAACGUCACUACGGUCACUAGUAGCACCAGUAGCAGUGCGACUACCAGAAGUUCCCGCAAGAGCAAACACAUACCUGAUAUUGAAUCCGUACCUGAGGGAGUCCCGAUCGAAACGAGACCACACGGCGGUGGUGGUGGUGGUGUCACACAGUUGGUGCCAGCGGCCAGUAGCAAUGCCAGUAGCAGUAGCAGCAGUAUUAGUAAGCUAAGAAAAUCUCCCCCAAAGCCACUCAGCCUUAGCCGGCAGCAGGAGUCGAUCGAUGUGUCCGUGUCGGACCAGGGGGACAGUGCCGGGAUGUCGCUGUCCUCCUCGCCCGGUCCCAAGCACUCUCCGAAGCGCAAAAGCUACGCAGGCCUUUCGGUUGAACCGGACUCGGGUUCGCUGCCCGCCAGUCCGUCCGGCAAGCAGUUCACUUUCUUCGGUGGCAGCGCGGGUCCGUCGGAACGUGUGGCCGAAAUCGUCGAGGCGGACUACUCGAGCGGGGACGUGUCGGAUCAGAACACUCCGAAGCGGAGACCAUCGCCCAAACAUCGCACCCUGCAGCGCCAACGGGAAGAGAUCGAGCGGCGUUAUCAGGAGCUGCAACUGAAGUUACAGCGCGAGUUCGACGCCAAGCAGCAGGAAUGGGAGCGGAUGCGACCGGCGGCCUUGCUGAUGAACAAUAGCCCCCUAUUGCUUCUAGUAAACCAGCUGUUGAAGGAAGACUCGAGCAGUCCAUCCAGUAAGGCUCAACCGCCGCCAAUCGUAGAGGAUAACCUGACGCCGGACUUUAAGAAGAAGCUGACCGAAUGGCGCUCGAAGCAACAUCAACCGCACUCGUCGAAAGAUGUGGCAGACUCGAAGAAGAAACCCAUCACCGACUGGCAGCUGUGGAAGACGGGACAGAUCAAGCUGGAGGGUCAGGGAUUGAAGCAGUUACCGGAUGCCAAAGAUCUGCCGGAAGAUUUCCAGAAAAAGUUAUCGGAAUGGAAACAGAUGAAGGCAGCGAACAAAGUCCCUCCCUACUCGAGCCAAACGUCCCAGGUAGGUGGCGGUGAGGCGAGUACGUCAAUGAAACGCCAGCAGCCCCCGAAAGGCUCCGCCGGUGCGGUCAAGAAGUCCAAGACAUCCGACGAACUCGAGAAGCACAAGACGGAAGGGUUGUCCAAGCUGAAGGCGCUGGUGGGAAGCGAAGCACCCAAAAAGGAACUGGUGGUGCAGACAACGAAGGGUUUCAUCAAGUUCGAAGGCAUCUCGCGAAAGUUUACCCGCAAGCUGUUCGAGUGGGAAAAGGCAAAGGGCAUUGGACCGGAGGCGUCCACCAUUGCGCUGUUACAUCCGGGAUACGCACCGGUUGUGGUCGAAAACCGUGGUGUCGUGGUGGAAACAAAACGAGAAAAGUCACCAGGACUUGCCCGAUCGCUGUCUAUGGAUAGUAUUGCGCCAAACCCUUCCGCUUCGUCCAUUUCCCAUCAGCCAUCAAGCCUGUCACUCAAUGAUGCAGAUGAGUUGAAGGACGUCGAUAAGGAUAGUGGCUCGAACCGAAGAGUUUCCUCAAACCCGGAGCUCGAGCUAGCGCCGGAAAGGGAAGAACCAGGUGCCGUUUUGGUGGAGGUCGAGGAUGAGGUGUUGGAGGUGGUGGAUCCACUGCUACCGGUACUUCCCGGGGACGAACGGAGACAAUCGACAACGCUCAGUGUAAACCAGAAAGCUAAAGACCCUGGCUAUACGUCGAGACCUUCGAGUAAUAGCAGCACGAUUCUUAAAGACUCCACCAAGCUACUCAUACGGCUGAGCGAACAGGAUUCGGUCGAUCGGGACGAGGUGCGCCGGUUGAAGAUAGUACUGCGCGCACUCAUCGCAACCCUGCCGGAGUUUGUGGAAACCGGCUCGCGCAACAGUAUUGCAUUUUUCGUCUACAUGAAGGACCUCGCCCUGGACGUGCUUCGCCAUUUGCACCGCUUUGACGAUGGUUCACUCGCUGGGGAUGCGGGCACCGUGCUGGCCAACGUACAGACCAUCAAUGGGCUGGUUGCGGAGCUGAAGAAGUCGCUCCAUUCGUACAUGAAGUACGCCACCGGAAACGCCAACGGUCGAACGAAGGACGAGGACAUCCCACAGAUCAGUAUUACGCCCGCACUCGGGGCACAGGCGACGAGCUCGAUCCAGCGCACGGAAGACUCGUUGCGCAGUAUGGCAACCAUCAACGUGACACCGACGUUCGUGUGCAACGCCGUACGGGUCAAUACGGUCGAACUGGUGCAACCGACCCCCUCUUCCCGUCGGUUUCCCGUGAGCUCGGAAUCUGAGCCAGCCCCACUAACCUCACAAUCGCCCGAUUCGUCCGCUCACACGCCCGACCCGGCGGCAGUGGAAGUACCUUCCGCCACGACACGUAAGGAUUCCCCCGAGAAGGACGGGGGAGCGGGCAAAAAGUUACAGCGGAAUCUAAGCAACGGAAGCCGGCGGAAGACACGCAUCAAACGGAUGGGUUCGCGGCAAAGUAGCAAGACCGAAAGCGACAGCGACGACAAUCCGCAAAACUACGUGCUUGAUGUGCCUCGAAAGACAAAACGCAAGACAAGCCGAGCGAAGAAACCGUCCUCAGAUUCGCUGGAAAAGCUGACCCCCGGCCCAGAGCGUGUCGUGGACGACGUGGUGUACGUGCUGAAGAUACGACCCGGGCAGAAGAUUGAGCAGGUGGAGCGUCCACAGCCUCAGAACGCUUCGCUCAGCUGUGUGUCACAGGGUGCUGGAGAUGACGUGCUCAUAUCACCGCAGGAAACGUGCGUGGAACUACUAGAGGCACCUCCCAAUCCGACAGUUACCACAAGCGUGCUGGUAAAAACGAAGCGUAAACUCUUCACGGCGGUUGACAGUGAGGGAGCAGCGGCGUUGGGUAGUUCCGGGAGCAUCAAUCAAACGGUCGCCAUCAGCCAUGAGCUCGAGUCAAGUUCCGGUAACGACCCGGAGACGGUGGUGAACGUCGUCCUUGCACCCAGUCCCCAGGAACAGCAGAAGCUGGUGACGAACCUUCCCCCACUGCCACAGUCUCCAGGUAUGCAGCGAAGGGUGGACCACUCGAAGGCACCGGCGAAGGAGCUUUCACCCAACAUUCGACUCAUGAUCGCCAAGUACAAUCAGCGGCUCACGACGGAGAAAGCCGGAGGCACUUCACCACACAGCUCGGGGUCCUGCUCGCCCGUUGCCUGGCGAUCGCCGGUGCUCGAUCGACGAGUCAGAAAGCAGACGGAGAAGUAUCAGGAGACCAUCCAGCUAUCUAAGUCGGCAAGUGCCGGCAGUUUGCGCAAAUCGCUCCGACAACUAGAGGCGGCACAGCAAUCGUUCGACAUGGCGGGAAAGGCUGGAACUGGAGACAGCUUGGUGGUUAUGAAAUCGUCCAGUACCAGCAAGAUUGAAGGUGCCCGGCAAGCGGAACUGCCGAUGCCAAGGGAACAGUGUUUGGAGCCCGAUGGGGCGAGGGAACAAGAAUCUUCAGAGCUGGGCACCUUCCCGGCGUACGAUAGUCUACGGCGGCGUGACACACUGUCCAGGCUGGAGAGGAGCAGGGCACUAGCAGGCAGAGACCAGCAGCCUACAGACACGGGGAACGAGUCCUCCACAAGUACAACGAAGGGAUCGACGACGAGUACGGGAACGAUCAAGAAGGAACGGCUGUACAAGAAACGUACCGAAUCUCCUAUCGCCAGCGGGACAACUAGUGCGACAGUUGGUGGCAGCGGUGGAAAGAAGGUAGCGACACGCGGUGACAAAUAUGCCCGGUGCCGAUCCGUUCCGAAUGAGGAGUGCACGGUGGAGGUUUCGAUUUCCUCGAAAGCUCUAAAGCCGCCCAGCCCUCGAUUGAUCGCUCGUCGGCGGCUCAACCUCGAGCAGCAGCACCGGGUAGAAUGCUCUCGAUCGGCUCCGACGACACCACUCGACGAAAACCGGACCAUUCUGACGGUGCCGAUGAGUCAGCGGGCUCUCAAGCUGAAGAAAGCUAAGGAAGAGUUUCUGCGCGCUCCUAGUCAUUUGGAUCGAACAGGACCUCGAACCUCCCCCGCCGAGGAUCAACUCGCCUGGAGCAAUCGCAUCAGCCAGAUCAGUGCCACCAGUACGGCGUCCUCCAGUCUACUGGAGAGUGAUCUGAUGCUGAUGAAGAGUGCCAGUGCCGGCGUGAUCGGCACGAUGGGAUCGUCGAUCGCCGAUGAGUCGGAGUUGCUGGCGGCACAAUUGCGUCGCAACGAGUCCGGUUCCUCGUGCACCGGGGCAACAUCACGCCACAGUAUCAGCACAAUCGGUGAGCAGAGAGGUUCGACUACCACGGCCAGUACCUCCGGAGCGGGUCGUUUCGGCGGGCUUUCGAAUCUUGCGUCGAAGCUGCGCAAGGUGAAGCUACGGCGCAGCAGCAAGGAUCUCAGCCGGAUGCACGCCAUCUCGACCCUCUGCCGGCAGAGUCUCAUGGUGGAUAUUAGUGGCGAGGCGGCGCGCAAAAUGGGAAGCGCCCAGAGCCUCGGGCAGGGACAGGCCGAUGCCGGCAGCCGGCGUGACGGGGACAGUGAGCCGCUGAAGAAAUCUGGCAGCGUGCAGGCAAUUUGCAAUCGUUUCCGUCGUAGCGGUGAGCGCAACGAGGAGCUAAAGAAAAGCCGCAGCCUGGGCUUCCUCGAGCCCGACCGGAAGGGAUCGGGAUGAUGAUGAUGAUGAUGGGUCACGUGCAAAACUGCACUUGUGUAUUUCGCUUCGCUUUAGUAAGUGUGACCGCCGGUGUCCGUAGUUGGUUGUAAAACUUUCCGUUCGGUAAAAAACCAGUAAACAGAUGCAGUGCAAAAAUGGCCGUACGUUGUGUUGUGAAAAAUUCUUACCCAAACUCGGGACUUGGGCGCGGUUGUUAUUCGUCCGGAGAAUUCGGUAGUAAGGCCACUCGUAUUAUGUUAGUCUAGUCCAGCUCGUUCUUCCGCCCCCUUCCGUCGGUAGGAUACGCACGCUAUGUAAGCUUUAGCAGAAAUUGGAGAUUUUCCUUCCCCAAGGCAGGACGCAACGUCAGGUAUGAUCAAGUCAGUCAGUAUGUUCCGUCGUUAAUUGUGUCACCAUCCUUCCACCCCACCCCUUCGUUCUACGCCUCAUACUGUUCAUGUUUUUUUCAUGCUCUUCCGAAGAGCAGAGU